AUUUGCUUACAGCCCUCAGAGUCUGGGUGUUUAAGGAAGUUAUACUGCCUCGUCUCGACGCCACAGUUUUAGUCUUCGAAUUCUCGAAUUUGUGGAUCGUAUGUUGUUCAUCAUCUGCAUCCCUCAUCGCAAUGAGCAUGUUGCAGCCAGAAAAAUCUACUCUACCUGAACAGAGUUGCGUGUCCAUGAAGAGUGACAACUCUAUGGGCCGUAAAGAUGUUUUUCAAAAAGACAGUUUGCCAUCUGAACACAGGAUGUUCCAGAGAGAAAAAUCACCCUUACCUGAACAGAGUUGCGUGUCCAUGAAGAGUGACAACUCUAUGGGCCGUAAAGAAGUUUUUCAAAAAGACAGUUUGCCAUCUGAACACAGGAUGUUCCAGAGAGAAAAAUCACCCCUACCUGAACAGAGUUGCGUGUCCAUGAAGAGUGACAACUCUAUGGGCCGUAAAGAUGUUUUUCGAAAAGACAGUUUCCCAUCUGAACACAGGAUGUUCCAGCCAAAAAAAUCACCCCUACCUGAACAGAGUUGCGUGUCCAUGAAAAGUGACAACUCUAUGGGCCGUAAAGACGUUUUUCAAAAAGACAGUUUCCCAUCUGAACACAGGCCCCUUCCACAGACAUCAGCUUCAUCUGAACAUGCCUGUAAGUUCAUAAAUAGGGAGCAGGAUAUGAAAACUAUGGAAGCUGUUUGUAGUGGAAUUCCUUUUUCUGCAGACAGGUCUCCGGCCACUGAAGAUGCUCUUGAAAAACACAAAUUCAGUCUCAAGAUAAAAAGUCAGUUUGAGGUCAAUGAAAUAGCAAAGCAAAAAAAUCGUACCCUCCUCCAUCACAUCUACACAGAACUUUUCAUUACAGUUGGUGAAACAAGUGAAGUCAGUAGAAAUCAUGAGGUGAGAUUGAUUGAGAAGACUUUUUUUCAGCCGGCCAAAAAAGACACACCGAUCAACUGCAAUGAUAUUUUUGAAACCAUGCCAGACCAACAGCAUAACCUCAGAACUGUGAUGACAAAAGGUGUUGCCGGCAUAGGUAAAACAGUUUCUGUGCAGAAGUUUGUGCUUGACUGGGCUGAAGGAGCAGCCAAUCAGCAUAUCGACAUAAUACUCCCUAUUCCUUUUCGGGAGCUCAAUUUGAUGAAGGAGAGAAAACUCAGUAUGAUGAACCUCCUUCAUCAUUUUUUUAAAGAAAUAACCGAUUUUAAGGAUAUCAGUGACUACAAAGUCUUAUUCAUUUUUGAUGGUCUGGAUGAGUGUCGAAUCCCUCUAAACUUCCAAAAACGAGAGAGAUGUUGUGACAUAAUGAAGUCAACCUCGGUCGGCAACCUGCUGACAAGCCUCAUCAAGGGCGACUUGCUUCCAUCAGCUCUUGUCUGGAUAACCUCCAGGCCAGCAGCAGCCAGUCAGAUUCCUCCAAUGUUCAUUGACAGGGUGACAGAAGUACGGGGAUUCAAUGACCCACAGAAGGAAGAGUACUUCCGAAAGAGAAUCGGUGACAAGAAGCUUGCGGACAGAAUUGUCACACACAUCAAGGCAUCAAGGAGCCUUUUUAUAAUGUGCCACAUACCCGUCUUCUGUUGGCUUUCAGCAGCCGUUCUGGAGAAGACACUGGAAAAUGAAGAGAUCCCCAACACUCUAACUCAAAUGUACACACACUUUCUGAUUAUGCAGACAAGCAUCAAAAAGUCAAAGUACCCAGAAAUGAAAGAACAAGAUGAAGAAAUAAUUUUGAAAUUGGGGAAACUAGCUUUUCAGCAGCUCUGCAAUGGCAACUUGAUCUUCUAUGAAGCUGAUCUGAAGAAAUGCGGGAUCAACAUCAAAGAGGCAUCAGUGUACUCAGGAGUGUUCACACAGAUCUUUCGAGAGGAGUUUGUCUUAACCCAGAGAAAGAUGUUCAGUUUUGUUCAUUUGAGCAUUCAGGAACAUCUUGCAGCUCUGUAUGUGUUUUUCUCUUUUGGAAAGCCAGUAUCUGGUCUAACCUCUGAGCUUAAAGUUCUUCUUCAAGCUCCAUCCAUUCAUGAAUUCCACAAAGCUGCUGUGGAUAUGGCAAUAAAAAGUGAGAAUGGCCACCUUGACCUUUUCCUCCGUUUCGUUCUUGGCCUCUCCAUGGAGUCAAAUCAGAAUCUCCUGCAAAGUCUUCUUCCACAGACAGGACGCACCUUGCAAAGGAAUGAGGGAACAGUCCAGUACGUCAUGGAGAAGAUCAGAGAAGAUCCCUCCUCUGAUCGCAGAAUUAACUUGUUGUACUGUCUCAUAGAACUGAAUCAUCAUUCCAUUGUGGAUAAAAUAGAAAAAAGCUCAGGAAUGCUGUCGAUCAUCAUGCUUGUGCCCGAAAAAUGGGCGACUCUGACUUUUGAAUUUCACACCUCAGAAGAAGAAUUGGACAACUUUAAUUUGACCAGAUACAUUCAUACACCAGUAAACGAUUUGAAGGAAUUUCUUUCACCAGAUGAGGUUCUUCUAAGACUGCUGCCAGCUGUUGAAACAGCCUCAUCAGCAACUUUGAAGAAUUCCAGUCUUACAGUGAAAAGCUGUGGAGCACUUGCGUCCGCAUUCUCAGCAAAUCGAUUGCAACUGAUUCAGCUUAACCUCAGAGAGAAUAAGUUGAAGGACUCAGGAAUGGGGGUGCUCUGUGCUGGACUGGCAAGUGCACACUGCAAACUAGAGAAACUCGAGCUAAGAUACUGUUUUCUUCGAGUGGAAAGCUGUUGUUCUCUUGCCUCAGCUCUCAGCACAAAAUCCUCCCAAAUAAAAGAGCUAAAUCUGAGAGAUAACAAGCACAUGUUGGAUUUGGGAAUAAUAAAGCUGUGCAAAGGACUGCAGAGUGAACACUGUAAACUGGAAACACUGCUCCUCUCUGGGUGCAUGCUGUCUGAAAAAUGCUGUGAAGCUCUGGCGUCUGUUCUGGGCGUCCCAUCUUCUACUAUGAGAGAGUUGGAGCUGAGCUGCAAUAAUAUACAGGACGUAGGGGUGGAACUGCUCUGUGUUGGGUUGCAGAACCAACACUGCAAACUUGAAAAACUACUCUUGUGCCGCUGUAAGCUCACUGUGAAAAGCUGUGCUGCUCUUGCUACAGCUCUCAGUUCAAGCUCCUCCACUUUGAAAGAACUUCGCAUAAGUGGCAAUAAGCUUCAAAACUCUGAAGUGAACACGCUGCUUGCUUUGAAGAAGGACCCAGAUUACAAACUGGAAAAACUUAUUUGGUAGUGCCUACUGGCCAUGGCUAUUUUAAUACAGUCCCAAGAAGAAUCAGUUUGGAAACUUGCUGUGUAAAAAUGGCCUAUUGGUUCACUGGUGCCAUUCAGACUGGUCGACAUGCACACGGAUUAUUACACCUUCCAUCAGUGCUCAAAAGGACACCAAAAUUCAAGAUAUCAAAUUUAUUGGAUAAAAAAAGUGUUUUUUAUGUGAGAUCAGACCUUACUGCCUCACAGUAAUAAGAGGUAUUUUAUCUCAAGUCAAUUUGUAAAAUCUUUUUCCUAUUUUUUUUAUGUUGUUUUGUAAUGUAAAAAAAAAAAAGGAGAAAUUUAUGUUUUUUGAUGUAAUACAUUUAUUGCAUUUAUGGAAUAUUUUAAAUAGUCUGUUUAAUUUAGCACACACCAUGCAUAUGGUACUUAUGACUACAUUUGUUCUAAUUUUCUACUUUCUCUUUUGCUUUUGGGUAGCCUGGUGUUUGGGUAGCGUUUGUUCAUUCAUUAUAAGUAGGGCUGUAAACAUUAAAGCGUUAAUACACAUGAUUAAUUUGGGAUCAGUAAUGUGUCAUUUGAAAAAAAAAACAGGACUUCUUUAUCUGGAGCGGUUCGUUUGUGGUGAAAACUUGACCUGGUCUCAAUACCAAACAGCUAUCAAGUAAACUUGUAUUUCAUUGAGCUAAACUAAUGAUAAGGCGCUGUGUAAUCUGAUGUAUUAGCCAGAUAAUAUUAGCAGAUGAGACACUCUGACUCACUCUGGCAGUAUUCCACUCGUUAAUUCGUUCAUACGUAAACUAGGGAGGCACCAAGGCAAACUUAUUUCUUUACUACAAAAAUAUUUUUUUUGGUGUUUUUAUUUUAUGUCUGUGAGAAACCAAACCAAACAGAGGAAGAAAUCGAUCCAAAAAAAACAAACUCAUUAACUGAUUCGGACCAUAGAAACGAACUACAUGUGUGAAAACACACUUUUUAUAAUUUUAUACUUUUUAUACUCUAUACGCUUUUUAUAGGAAAUUAAGUUAUAAUUCAGAAAUCCUUACAACCAAGUUGAGAUGUUUACAAUAAAGUGUAAAAAAAAAAAAAAGUUUCCUCUAUCCAAUUCGUAAUGCAUUAUUUAUUCUAUUGCCCCAUGUUGACUUUAUCUUCCCUCAAACCUUCAAGUAUAUACUAAUAUUCUUUAUACAUUUUUUAUAGAAUUGCAUUUUACAUCUUACAUUUAUUGUUUUAUUUACAUUUAAAUAUCCACUUUAAAAAAUGUGUCUUAAGAAGAACAAAUGCGAUUAAUCUCCGUUAAUCACAGAAUAUUGUUGAUUGUGAUUAAUCGGAUAAAUUUUUUUUUAAUUGAUUGACCCCACUAAUUAUAAGUAAACUAAUUUUGAACUUACUUUCAAUAGGUAAACACCUCCCUGUCCACUAGAUGGCAUUCCAAGCUUAUGAAAUCAUCUAUUAAGAAAGAUGAGAAGGUAUUGGCUUUAUCAAGACAGAGACACAAGAGGGCACAGAUGAGCAGGUGUUAAACUGUAAACCCAUUGUGAGGUGAAAAAAAGAUUCAAAUGAUCAUAUUUAUUACUGGCUAUUGGAUAAACAACUAAUAAUCAUUGUGGUUAAUGGACAUUAUUAAAACCCGAGGUGGACUAUACUUGUUUAUGGUUUUUAUUGUAGUUUGCUCUUUAUUUUGUCUAUAUUGUACUGUUUGUUCUAUGUUGCACCAUGGUUCAGGAAGAGUUUACUUGUACUCAGAGGGAAUAACAAUAAAAGCUUCAUGAAUUGA